GGUUCCUUUGUGACGGCGCAGUGACGUCACGUCGCUAGGCAACCCCUGUGGACAAGCCGAUGGCGGCGGAGGAGGUUAUACAAAAUCAGUUAAAGCUCACUAAAUGCAAGGUGAAAAAUGAUCUCGUUGAACUUUACCUGGCGAAAGAAGGAUUGACAGAAGUGCCUGAUCUGUCGAGAUUUAAAUGGUUAAAGUAUUUGUGGCUGCAUCACAACAAGAUUAAAACAUUAGAUUUCUUGAGUAUGAAUUAUCACAUCAAAGAAUUAUACUUACACAACAACCUGCUCACAGAUAUAACAGGUGCUCUGAAGCAUUUGACAUCAUUGCAGAUAUUGAUGCUACAAAAUAAUUGGCUUCAUAAGAUGGAGAAAGUCGUAUCAGAAUUCAAGAAAUUGAGAUGGCUGCACACAUUAAAUUUAUUCAAUAACCCUUUGACGCAGGAGCAAGAUUAUCGUCUUUAUGUCAUCUACCAUAUGCCUUCAGUACAGCUGCUCGAUAGACAAUUGAUUACUCCGAAGGAGCGAGAUACUGCUUUUGGUAACUUCUGUCAAGACCAAUUCCGAGUGCACCAAUCUUUGGCUUUUGGGCAGAGAAAACCAUGUCUUACUGUUCAACAGAUCACAUCAAAGAGAAGUUAUAAGAAAUAUCCAGGCAUUUUAAAACAAGGGAACAAAAUGAUCAGAGAACUUUCUGAGGAUAUUAUUGGUUCACAAGUGAGAUGAAGAUCAGUUAUGCAGUUUUCCACUCUGGAUUGGUUUAAAGUUCCUAAUGCACAAUAGAAGCGUUUGGCCGAUGGACCUUUGCACUCAUCUCAAAUAAUUGUUACCCAGCUCAGAUGACUCCAAUGUAUCAUAUUGUUUUUGGCUUUGAAACAACAUGCCCAGAUGUUUUAGAAAUGUAUUUGAAGGAUAAAUGCCAAAGAUUUGAUUCUUACUAUUGUUUCUGUCUUAUUACCAUUUAAGUCAUAGAAUUGUACUGUAAUAUUUUCCCAAAUCUUUCUACAAUUAUUUUACCCUAACUUUUGUACUCUUUAAAGAUGCAGAUAGAAGGAUCUUAAUUCUCUAAAUUAGACAGCAGCAUAAAGUACAUUUACAUAUAUUUGCCAAGUUAGUAAAAUGUCAAAAACACAGACUGUCGGUGCUGGAAAUCUAAAAGAAAAGCAGAAAUUACUGGAGAAACUCAGCAGGUCUGGCUGCAUCGGUGGAGAGUGUUUCAAGUCCAAUGAUUAUUCUAGAGAACUGAAGAAGGGUACUGGACCCCAAACAUCAAGACCAUAAAAGAAAGAACAGGAGUAGGUGUUUGGCUACUCGAGCCUGCUUCGCCAUUCACUAGGAUCGUGGCUGAUCCGACAUGCCUCGUGUCCACUUUCCUGUGUUUUCGCCAUAGCCCCUGAUUCCCCUACUGACCAAGAAUCUAUCCAUUUCGGUCAUAAAUUUGCACAAGAACUCUGCACCCACAGCCCUCUGUGGCAAGGAGUUCCAAAGACUCUCAACCCUCUGAGAGAAGAAAUUCUUUCUCGUCUCAGUCUUUAAUUGGUGCCUGUAUGUACUGAGACUAUACCCUCUAGUCUUAGACUGUCUUAGCAGGAGUCCCAACCUGUUAAGACAAUCCCUCCAUACCAGGGAUCAUCCUAAUGAGCAUUCUCUGACCUGCCUCCAAUGAAAUUCUGCUUUCUGUCCACCUGCCAGAUCUGCUGAGUUUUUUGAGCAAUUUCUGUUUUUGUUGGUAAAAUGUCAGUUAUGUGGAUACAUGAUGUAGGAGUGCUCUGGAAGUAUAUAUAAUAACAUUUCUAAAAUUUUGGUUAUUUUAGUUUAAUAAAAACAGUACAGUGUACAUUGCCUAUCUUACUUUUUUGUCUUUCUGUAUAAGUAUUGAAUUACU